AUGGCGCGGUCCGGCGGGGAGCGGGGCGCGCCCCUAGAGUUGUGGGGGUACCUGCGGCCGCUGCGCUGUGAGGCGGCGGGCGACGAGGAGGAGAGCGACGAGGACUUCGAGGAGGAGCCGGUCUUGGCGGAGGAUGCGCUCCUGGCGGACGCCGGGCGGGAGCUGUCGGCCGCGCUGCCCCCGCGCCGCGCCGUUAUUAUACAGGAAUGCAGCACCAAAAAGGAGUAUGAAGUAGUUGGACGUUUUCCAUUACUUGAUCCUUGGUGGAAAGUUAAUGUUAAAGUUAAAAAAAUGGGGUCGAAGUACUUUGUGCAAGGAUAUCCAUCGUAUUUUCUGCAGACUGAUGUAGAAGAAAACAACCGACAAGUAUUUUCACUCUUUCUUAAGGAAUGUGAUGUUCCGGAAAAUUGGAAAGAACAGUUUUUUGCUUGGCUUCCUAUGGAGUCUGUACUGAGUUUUAGCAAUCUUGAAGAAAAUCUAAAACAGUUCCAAGUUUCACAGCUACCGCCAAGGAAGAUCCAAAGAGAUACCAAGGAUUACGACAUCUUCUAUUAUGUUUCAAAGUCAUUUGCAGGAAAGGCGGUAUUGGGAGCUCUGGCUUUUCCGAGGAUGCUGGAGUUCUUGCCGAUUCUUCUGCCACGCCACUUUUGCUGUCUGUUAGAUAAGAUGUGUUGGCAAAGAAAGGCUGAUACAGGUGAUGAGGAGGUAACUGAUGAGAUGGUAACAAAAUUGAAUGAGAUACUAAAGGAUGAGCCAUGGAAACUGGGAUUCAGCAGGAUUAUGUAUAAGGAAUUGAACCUUCCUCACUGUGAGGCAACGUGGGCUGCCUUCUGUCAGUGUGAACAUCUCCUCUGGAAGAUUCCUGACUUGCAGAAGAAUGCAUUAAUUCUGUAUGAUCAACUCAAGACACACUGUAGACGAAUGGGACACACAUAUGAAGAUCAAGAUGAAUUAGCUCGUUUUGUAUCCAAACACAUGUCCAUUGAGCAUGUUUGGCAGUCUCUUGAAUUUUUGAAAGAUCAGAAUGUAGUGAUUAGGGAAAAAAAGAUGGUGUUUCUGCCUCAUCUUUACAAAUCUGAAAAAGAUAUUGCAAUGUGUAUAGGUGACCUUCUGUCAAAUGACACAUGGAAACUGGACGUGGAUGUGAAAAAGAUACUUAGCAUUUCUGAGUCACCAAGAGAAACAGUAGAUAACAAAAUAAAUAUUACCCAGGCACAUGAAAUGGAGGAAAAUAUUCCAGACAAUCAUAAUGGUGAAAAUCACUUUCCUGAAAAGGAGGUGGGCUCUGUGUCUGGUAUCCAGAGUAAAGCAGAGGUAGACAAAGAUCAAGUGAUUGCUGUAAAAAAAAUUUGUUCUAAUCCUGUAACAAUCAUAAGUGGAAAAGGAGGCUGUGGGAAGAGUACAAUAGUUAGCUGCCUUUUUCGUCAUUUAAAGCAGAUGGAAAUAGAAGUGGAAGCUGCUUCUAAGGACUUUGAAAAAGACUUGGAUGCAUCUGAGGAAUGGAAUACGUUUGAUCACCACUGGGAAUCAGAGAAUAUGUAUGCAAAAAAAUUUUUGAAUGUACUAUUCACGGCACCUACAGGGAGGGCAGCAAGUCUUUUGAGAGAAAAAACGCAGCUUCCUGCAUAUACACUGCAUCAGAUUAUCUAUAGUUUUAAAUCAUGGAGAUGGAGUGAGCAAACACAGCCGUGGAAGUUUUCUGCAGUUACAGUUCUCAUUGUGGAUGAAGGAAGUUUGGUGUCUGUAUACAUUCUUAGUUUAGUUUUAAAACUCUUGUGUGAGCAUGCUCAGCUUGCUAAACUUAUUAUUCUAGGUGAUACUAGACAGCUACCAAGCAUAGACCCAGGAAACAUGUUAGCUGAUAUCUUUGAAGGUCUAAAAUCAAGAGGCUUUUCUGUGGAACUGCGAACUAACCACAGAGCUGAAUCUCAACUAAUUGUAGAUAAUGCAUCGAGAAUCUCUCACCGGCAGCUUCCUGAAUUUGAUGAGGUGCUGAAAGUUUCUGCUUGGAAUGAGGAAAUGACAAUGCCAACCCCGGAGAAGAAAUUUAUUUUUAUUGCUUUGCCUGCUGGUGGGAAUUGUGAGAAUUUACAAACUGCAAUAAAGAUUUUACUUAAAAAAGGGCCAGGAUUAGAGGAUGCCAAACAAUCACAAUUCAUUGCUUUCAGAAGGCAAGAUUGUGAUCUAAUAAAUGAACUUUGUUGCCAACACUAUUCAAAUCAUUUAACCAGAGACCACAAGAAUCGACUUCUAUUUCAGAUGGGGGACAAGAUUGCCAGCACACGCAAUGUAUAUCUCAAGGAUGUCUUGGCAGCCUGUGGUGUCGGAGAGGGUCCCAAUGGCCAGGAAUGCAGAAGUGGAGAAAUUGCAUUCACCGCAGAGGCUGAUGAGGAGGGCAAACGACUCUGCAAUGGAGAUGUGUUUUUCAUAACUGGGGAUACAGAAAUUGAUAAGCAGCGCUUGCUGACCAUCAGCAGCAUGUACGGCUCCACAUUCACUGUGAACUACAAGGCACUGAGGAAGCUGUGUCACAUAAAGCAUGCCUGGGCCAGAACUAUUCACACAUUCCAGGGCUCUGAGGAAAGGACCGUUGUCUACGUGGUUGGCAAUGCCGGCCGGCAGCACUGGCAGCAUGUGUACACAGCCGUGACCAGGGGACGCUGCCGUGUCUACAUCAUGGCUGAGGAGCUGCACCUCAGGAGAGCAGUAAAGAGCAAGGAGAUAACCAGAAAAACGCGUUUGCAGAGAUUUUUGAGAGAGGCAAUUGCAGAAACAAACAGCUGUCCCAAACAAAUGUCCUCUCCCCUGAUGAAGUGCUGGCAAAGUCAAGAGCUCGAGACUCAGUCUGUUUCUGUUACUCAAGGUGCUCCUGACCCACCUGAACUUGAAAGUGACCUCAUGAUUAAGGAAGGGUCAUCAGUUCUCAGUGAAAAGCAGAUGGGCAGUUUGCAGCUAAGUCCAUGUAAAAGACAAGUUCCUGCAUCUGAGGAUGCUACAAAAAUAACCUCUACAACAGUAGAAGAAUCCCCACUUGGAUCUUCCAGACUUAAGAAUUUAACUUUGGCACAAAUUCCUAGGAAGCUUUUCAAAAGCUAACAGACAAUUAUUAAUUGGUCCUGGUAUGAACCGUUACUGAACCUGUUCAAGAUUUUUGGGAUGGAGAAGCUGAAUAUGCAGGUGCUUUUCAAAGGCUUUCUUGGUUUUGCAUGUUCUGUGAAGAACAGCUUGUUUUAUGCUGAGCCUCUUACAUUUUCAGUGAUCCAUUUUUAGUAGAUUCAUUAGUGUACUGGUCAUUAAAAACCAUGUAAUUCAUCUGUUUUGCUGAAGAAUGAACUGGCAGGUCUUCAAGGAUCCAGAUGUUCCCAUAAAAAAUACACAAGGAUGUAUUUUGAUUUACAGAGUCCUAGCUGUUUAUGUAAUUUAUCCACCUCCAAGAUUUAUCCAUCUCCGAAUGUGACAGUAUUGAUGAGGUGCUCUUACUGAUGUGCCAAAACUACAGUUUCCUUGAGUUAAACAAACAGUUUAUAAAGGGAUCUAGGUUUUUCUGAUGUGGCAGAUUUGUGGCCAUGAAGCUUUGAAGGAUUAUGGAUUUUAAUCUUGUUAUAGACAUAACAAGGAAAUUGCAAUCAGUGACAUAGAAAACAUUUUCUAUGAUGUAGAACUUGCCAUUGCUGUUUUAGCUAAUAGUUCUAUGCUGUUGAUGAUCUUGGUAAGAAAAGCAAAACUUCAAAUCAGAGUUCAAAUAACAUUCCACUUUCAACUUUCUCAUGUGUACUAUGGGACCUGCUGCUUUGAAGUUUUGAGAUUAAUAAAUUGAAUGUUAAAUCAAACAUCGGACACAUGGUACUACAAUGUGGACAACCUGCUUACCUUUAACAAUUUUUUCUUUUCAUGUAGGGUAGGAAAAAAUAUACCACAAAUAUAAAAAUGGUAUUUU